AUGAAUUAUGGUAAAAAAUGUCAUGCAAAUUGUUUUGAAUUUAAUCAUAUAUUAGUACGAAAUUGUUCUGGUCAAAGUAAUUGUGAACAUGAAGUACAAUGUUUACAAGAUAGUAGAACAUGUCCAAAAACAUCUGUAUGCAGUUGUCUAUCAUGUUCUCAUGAAAUUCAAUGUCAAUUUAAUUCAGAAAGAUUUGAUCUUUCAUUCGAUGCUAUUUUAGGUUAUCAUAUUGAACCCCAUAUUAUAGGUCUUGUAAAUGGUAUUCUAUCAGUGAUAACAUAUUAUAUAACUAUGCAUGAUCCUUUUCAUCGACAUUUAAUUGAUGAUGAUGAUGAGAAUCGCAUUUGGUGUAUUAUUAGUUAUUCGCAUAGUUUUCAAAUCUAUAAUUUAAUUAUUAAUAUAUUUCAUUUCUUUGUUCCAUUUCUCAUUAAUUUGAUUUCGGCUAUUAUUAUCAGUAUAACAACUGUUCGACAACGAAAAAUUAUUCAAAAUCAUCAAAGUUAUAAAAAAAAAAUUUUGUACGAAAAAUUUAAACAACAUAAACAUUUACUUUUGACUUCAAUAACAUUAGUUAUUCUUGCAAUAUUACGUUUAAUUAUAUCGUUAGUUUCAGGUUGUAUGAAAUCAUCUUGUGAUUCAUGGUUAUUUCUUGCUGGAUAUUUUAUCUCGUUUAUUCAAUAUCGACAAAUAAUACGAACACGUUUACGUCUUGCGUCAUAA